AUGAACGAAUAUUUAAAAAAAAAAUAUUUUAAAAAAGCUAUGAAGAAAAGUGGGCAAGAAAGGAAAAGUAAUUUAAAAAUUUAUGAUAGUGAAGAGGAAUCCAAUCAAAACAUUUUUCAAAAUAAUAUAAAAAAUUAUGGUUCUGAUAAAUAUGAAUAUGAAGAAUCAGAUAAAAGCUCUGAUGUACAAAUUACCGUUACAGAAAGUAAUACAAUGGAAAUAUUACAAUUAUCUAAUGAAGACAAAAAAAAAAUUUUAGAAUCAUUAAGUGGAAAUCCUGUAAUAGGUUCACCUGAAGAAAAAAGUGAAAUCAGUAAAGUACAAAAGUAUCAUUUAAAAGAUAUAUGCAAACAGAAAGAAAAAAAGAAUAAUAAUAAUAUAUUAAAAGGCUAUGAUGUUUACAAUAAAAAUAAAAAGUCUAAGGAUAAAAGUGUAAAUUAUGAUGGAAAGGAAGACGAUUCUGAUUUAUCUAUUCCUAGGAAAAAAAGAGACAGAAGUGAAAGUUCUUCUGAUUUAUCUAUUCAUAGAAAAAAAAAAAAUAGAAGUGAAAGUUCUGAUUUAUCUAUUCCUAGAAAAAAAAAAGAUAGAAGUGAAAGUUCUUCUGAUUUGUCUAUUCCUAGAAAAAAAAAAGAUAGAAGUGAAAGUUCUUCUGAUUUGUCUAUUCCUAGAAAAAAAAAAGAUAGAAGUGAAAGUUCUGAUUUAUCUGUUCAUAGAAAAAAAAGAGAUAGAAGUGAAAGUUCUGACUUAUCUAUUCCUAGAAAAAAAAAAGAUAUAAGUGAAAGUUCUUCUGAUUUAUCUAUUCCUAGAAAAAAAAAAAAAAAAAGUGAGAAUUCUUCUGAUUUAUCUAUUCCUAGAAAAAAAAGAGAUAGAAGUGAAAGUUCUGAUUUAUCUGUUUCUAGAAAUAUUAAAUGUAGUAAAAAUGAAAAAGAUACCUUAGUAAAUAUAAAAGGUAAAAAUACUUUUAAAGAUUACUCAGAAUCAAAAUACACUGAUUCAGAUAUAUCAUCAUCAUUAUCGUCUGAAAAGAAAAAUAAAGAACUGCAACUUGUUCAUUCAAAAAAUGUUGAAAAUGAAGGAGUUAAUUCUACUAUUUAUAGAGAUAAAGAUGGUAAAAUUAUUACAAGAGAAAAGUGGAUUGAUAAACAGAAAAGUGAAAUGAAAAAUAGAUUUGAAAAAAACAGAAAAAAUAGGAAAAAAAAAAAAAACGACAAUACUAUAAAAUUGGAGUGGGGAAGUGGAUUAGUUCAAAAAGAAAUUAGAGAAAAAAAUAUCGAAGAAAAUGAAAAGUUAAUAAAUAAAAGAAACAUAGUAAAUUAUGAUUAUGAUUCUGAUUAUGACUUAGAAUUAAAAAAGAAAAAAAGAAAAGAAGAUCCUAUGAAUAUAUAUUUAGAUAACAAAAAAGAAAAUCAAAAGCCAACUUGUAGAUAUCAGACUCCCUAUAAUAGAUUUAAUAUUUUGGCUGGAUAUAGAUGGGAUGGCGUAAUAAGAGGAAAUGGUUUUGAACAAAGAAGAUUAGAAGCAUUAAAAAUGAAACAACAAAAUAAAUUAACCAUAUAUGAAUAA